ACAAGCAACUUUUGCUUGUGAAAAGCAGGGUAAAUAUAAUGGCAAAAAAGAUACAUAUUCAACCAAAAGAACUAGUUGUCAAUUUUCUAUCAGUUUAAAUUACCGUAAAUGUAAGAAUGAAUUUGCUAUAACACAAGUAUGCUUGGAGCAUAAUCAUAUAAUUUGUCCUGAUGCUAGAAAGUUUAGCAUAAAUAUGUAUAAGCUUGAUCAAAAUGAAUUAGACAUGAUUAAGAAUUUAUAUGAUAGUGGACUUCAAACAAAGGACAUAUAUGCAUUUUUAGCUUCUAUAAGUUCAAAAUAUGUACUUAAGCAUGAUGUUUAUAAUGCUGUAAGCCAUCAACGUUAG